ACAGUCAACCUGAUUGGCCGAUCAAAUUCAAAGUCUCCUCUGUGAAGAGUGAAGAAGGAGUAGAGAUUUCAAUCAUUCAUCACAGCAAUCGCAGCACGAUGGCACCUCCAACCUUUGCUUUGUAUUUCACAUGCCUUUUCAUGGCCAAUUUUGCUUUUUCGACAACUUCCAAAAGUUCAUUUUUACAUUUUCAAACUGUCAGUGUUGGAGAAAGUGUGACCUUGCUGUGCACCUGUCAAGAUGAAACAGCCAUGAUGUUUUACUGGUAUAAGCAAACUUUGGGACAGAUACCCCAGCUGAUGACUACAUUCUAUAAGCAUAAUGAUCGUGUCACCUUUCAUGACAAAUUUAAUAACAACCCACGUUUCUCAUUUAAUCCUGAAAACCGUAAAUAUUCCUUGAAGAUUUGGGAUUUUGGAAUUUCAGAUUCAGCGACUUACUUCUGCAUUGGGAGUGAUUUAUAUAACUUUGAAUUUUGUCAGAGUACAACUGUCAGUGCAAAGGAUUUAGAUAUCCAAGCCAUUGUCCAUCAGUCAGUGUCUGAGACCACCACCAAGCCAGGAGCUAGCAUGACUCUGACCUGUACAGUCCACACUGGGACCUGUGAUGGAGAACACAGUGUUUACUGGUUCAAAAACUCUGAAGAAUCUCACUCAGGACUCAUUUACACCCAUGGUGGCAGGAAUGAUCAGUGUGAGAGGAACCACACUCCACAAACACACAGUUGUGUCUACAAUUUGCCAAUGACCAACCUAAAUCUUUCUCAUGCUGGGACCUACUACUGCGCUGUUGCAUCAUGUGGACACAUUGUGUUUGGAGAUGGGACUAAACUGGACUUUCACAAUGACGUGGACAUUUUUCUGAAAAAAUACUUCAAUAUUGUUUUUUUGGUACUGAACACCAUCCUGGUUGUCAUACUUACUGUCCUUGCGAUUGUGAUCAUUAUGACAAAGUGUGACCAAUGCACAGCUGGUGCAGAACCUUCUGCUCCCAUCACAACCACCGCAGAGAGCUCCCAUGACGUAGAUAAUGUGCAAUAUGCGGCUUUCAACGGUUCAAAAACAAAGAGCGACGGCACCUGGAGUGAGUGUGUGUACUUGUACGCAAAGCAGGAAAGUUGAGCAUGAUUUAUUUCAGUCUCUGAAUAACAUGACUUUGUAAAUGUAUAUUACAAAGUCAAUUAUAUAGUCCAAUUAUCAUUUUCCUCUUCUUUUCAAUAGUUGUAUUAGUUUUGAAUUUGAAUAAUUUAACCACUUUUGUCAACAUUAUAACAUGUUAUUAUGAUCAAUGUAAAAACUUUACCUGCAAUAAACCAACUGAACAAGCUUCUCCAA